AUGAGCAUUUGCAUAUUGUGCAAUCGUACUUUCGGCAGCGAUAGAGCUCUCAAACAACAUGAAGAAAACUCACCAAAGCAUGCACCCUUUGACCCAAAGGCAUGCAAUCGCUCCUUCAGUAGCCAGACUGCACUGAGCCAGCACCAACACAACUCUCCAGUCCAGAAAAAAACCAGAAGCGACUCAGUCACUAGCUCCGUCGCACCUGUUCCCUUUACCCACUAUGUCCCUUUGCUGUUCUCGACGUCUCGUUCAAUCAUACACAACGGCCGGCGCGGUCGCCACACCACGACGGAGAGCAGUUCACGCACGAACCCAACCUUCGACUUGCCUUUCAAUGUACUCGAAAACCGAUUGCGAGCUCUCACUUUAACGGAUGGCAAUACGAUUGUCGCACCGCCAAAGAUCGAUCAAGCGCACAUUGCCACACAACAAGAGGUGAAGACCUCCUUUACAUUUCCGCAACUGCACCAAAGAAUUGCCGAAGCCGUGGUGCCCGAGAUAACAUCUACGUGGUUCAACUACAACACGAAGGCUCCUUUUGAAGAUAGGUACACGACGUGUGUUAUGGGAAAAUUCACAUGCGAAAACAAAGCAUGCAGAAAGCGCCAGUGGAGCAGCACCGUCGUAGCCAUCGGAAUUAGAAGAUAUCCUCGUAACGGGUACAAUGCUGUCGUGUACAAUCAGCAUUGCAAUUCUUGCCAGUGGCUGGGAAGCUUUAAACUGGACGAGAAAUCAUAUGUGGAGCGGAUUGCGUACAGGCUUAAGAAUUGGGCAGGCGUGGCAGUCGAGCAGCCUCUGUAUGGUGAAAAGACUAGAGGGCCACAUGAAAGUCACCUCUGCGAGGGCUGCAAAGUGGACGAUUGCCCUUGGAUGAAAAGAUUGUCAUUAUAA